CCUGGACGGUGGUGACCCGACCCGACCCGGCAAUUGCGAUCUAGAUGAUCUAGUUCAUGCUAACUGACGCGCAGUAGGUAGUCGACAUCCAUUCGACUUUUUCUAUCCAAACAACAACGCCUUUACUGCUGUCACUUGACCCGCCGUAUUGCUGUUCAGUCACGUCAGUCUGUCAGUCAGUCUGUCGGUCAAUCGGGUAGCCUAUCAACAAAUCCCAAUCCACCAACCGAACGACCGGAGAGGGGCCGCGUCAGUGACAUAGUGGUUGUCUGCCUACAUACUACACCCACAAGUCAGGUCCAUUGUACUAUCCAUCAUCGCAUUGAGAGCCAGGACAGGAAAAGCCGCAACAAGUCUCAAUCUCACAUACACCACCCGACACUAUGGCCGGGUAUGGUCACAGCACCGCCGGCGGCUUCGGCAGCGGCAGCGGCAGCGGUCCGCCAGGCCCUCAGUACAUGCUCCCCCAAUACGACGAAGGCGACGACCCCGAUGCCGAUGCGACUCCAGCUGGUCAGGGCGUCCGCCUGUUGACGAACCUCGACAACAGCUCGUACAUCUCAGUUUCCGAAAUCACCAGCCAGAGUUCACAUAGAGAUAAUAUCAGGCCCAGCCGGUUACGACAAGCUUAUGAGCCUUCGAUCGACGCCCGCACCUACGAACCAUCACUAGAUACCCGAACAUACGAACCCUCGAUUAGCGAUCGACGACACAUGUACGAACCCUCCAUCGACGAACGAUCAUCAUACAUGGAUCCCCCACGCAUCCCACCACCCGACGGCGGAUCUUACGUUUCUUCCUACAUGGGCACCGAGAGCAUGGUUUCGGGACACGGGAGACCAUGGAGUCCAGAAUCAGCAACCGGUUAUCGAGUUCCGCCACAAGGACGGUACGAGCCUUCAGAAAUCGAUGGUCAUGCCAGGCCAGGGACACCGGGAUCGAGUUACGGAAAUGCGAGGCGACCGCUUCCCUCGGCACCAGCGCCUUUACACUACAAUAGCCCAAGUCGCGCAGCGAGUCAUUAUCCACGGUACCAUGGAGGUUAUGCGGACGACGUGACAGUUAGCAUGGGACCGGACGACGAUCGUACAGAUAUCUUUGGCCCCGAAACCGAUCUCAGCGAAACGCGCCACCUCAACGACGCAUACGGGUUUCGGUCAUCCCAGAUCACCCUCAGCGAAGAUCCCCACGGCACCCACGCGCGUUCCCGGUACGACGACGAAGACGAUGUGAGCACCACUUAUUCCUCCAACACGGGCACCAGCGCUUCAGGUGUCGACAAGUUCGAGCAUUACGGUCCCAUUCCGGAGGAAGGCAAGCACGAGCGGCGCGGCGUGCGACCACCACAGAUGUCGAGGAAGGAAGUCCAGCUCAUCAACGGCGAACUCGUUCUCGAGUGCAAGAUUCCGACUAUAUUGUAUUCGUUUUUGCCCAGGAGAGACGAAGUGGAGUUUACGCACAUGCGGUACACAGCCGUCACUUGUGACCCUGAUGACUUUGUUGCCAGGGGUUACAAGUUGCGCCAGAAUAUCGGUCGUACCGCCAGGGAGACGGAGCUGUUCAUCUGCGUGACCAUGUACAACGAGGACGAGUUCGGAUUCACACGGACUAUGCACGCAGUCAUGAAGAACAUUUCGCAUUUUUGUUCCCGAAACAAGAGUAGGACGUGGGGAGCGGAUGGGUGGCAGAAGAUUGUGGUCUGUGUGGUUUCGGAUGGACGAGAGAUCAUUCACCCCCGGACCUUGGACGCCCUCGCAGCCAUGGGCGUUUACCAGCACGGUAUCGCCAAGAACUUUGUCAACCAGAAGGCGGUGCAGGCCCACGUUUACGAGUACACGACACAAGUGUCUCUGGACAGCGACCUCAAGUUCAAGGGCGCCGAGAAGGGCAUCGUGCCCUGCCAGAUGAUUUUUUGCUUGAAGGAGAAGAACCAAAAGAAACUCAACUCGCAUAGAUGGUUCUUCAACGCCUUUGGCAAAGCCUUGAACCCGAAUGUGUGUAUCCUCCUAGACGUCGGCACCCGCCCCGGCGGCACAAGUCUCUACCAUCUCUGGAAAGCCUUCGACACGGAUUCCAACGUGGCGGGGGCCUGCGGGGAAAUCAAAGCGAUGAAGGGGCGGUUUGGCGGGAAUUUGCUCAACCCUCUGGUGGCUAGUCAGAACUUUGAGUACAAGAUGAGCAAUAUUCUGGACAAACCGUUGGAGUCGGUGUUUGGGUACAUCACGGUGUUGCCGGGCGCCUUGUCGGCGUAUCGGUACCAUGCGCUGCAGAACGAUGAGACGGGCCAUGGGCCGUUGAGUCAGUAUUUCAAGGGCGAGACGCUCCAUGGGCAGCACGCGGAUGUGUUUACGGCGAACAUGUACUUGGCCGAGGACCGAAUUCUGUGUUGGGAGUUGGUGGCCAAGAGGGGUGAGAGGUGGGUGUUGAAGUAUGUGAAGGGGUGUACGGGUGAGACGGAUGUGCCUGACACCGUCCCGGAAUUCGUCUCGCAACGUCGUCGUUGGCUCAACGGUGCCUUCUUCGCCGCCGUCUACUCCCUCGUCCACUUUCGACAAAUCUGGAAAACCGACCACACCUUUAUGCGCAAAGCCCUUCUCCACGUCGAAUUCCUCUACCACCUCCUGCAACUCCUCUUCACCUACUUCUCCCUGGCCAACUUCUACCUCGCCUUCUACUUUAUCGCCGGCGGUCUCGCCGAUCCCCACGUCGACCCUUUUAACUCGGACGGCCACGUCGCGCGCAUCAUCUUCAACAUCCUCCGCUACGUCUGCGUCCUGCUGAUCUGCACACAAUUCAUCUUGUCCCUCGGCAACCGUCCGCAGGGUGCCAAAAGAAUGUAUCUCGCAUCCAUGAUCAUCUACGCCGUCAUCAUGGUGUACACCACCUUCGCCACCAUCUUCAUCGUCGUGCGACAAAUCCAACCCUCUCAAAAAUCCGACGACAAGCCCGACCUCGAACUCGGCAACAACGUCUUCACCAACCUGAUCGUCUCCGUGGCUAGUACCCUCGGGCUCUACUUCGUCAUGUCCUUUCUCUAUCUCGACCCCUGGCACAUGUUCACCUCGGCCAUCCAGUACUUUGUCCUGCUGCCUUCCUACAUCUGCACGCUCCAGAUCUACGCCUUUUGCAACACCCACGACGUCACAUGGGGCACCAAAGGCGACAACGUGAUGCGCACCGAUCUCGGAGGCGCCAUUGGCAAGGGAAGCACCGUCGAACUGGAAAUGCCUUCGGACCAACUCGACAUCGACUCGGGAUACGACGAAUGUCUACGUAAUCUCCGCGAUCGCGUCAUGGUCCCUGCCGUUCCCGUGUCCGAGGACCAGCUGCAGCAGGAUUACUACAAGUCGGUGCGCACGUACAUGGUGGUGUCGUGGAUGGUGGCCAACGCGACGCUGGCCAUGGCGGUCUCGGAAGCGUAUGGCGAUUCGGAAAUUGGGGAUAAUUUUUACUUGCGGUUUAUCCUGUGGGCGGUGGCGGCCCUGGCGCUGUUUAGAGCGUUGGGGUCGACGACGUUUGCGGCGAUUAAUCUGGUGAGUGCUCUCGUGGAGGGCAGGGUCAGGCUGAGGUUGAAUAUGAAAGGGUUUAGGUGGAUUAAGGAGAAGUGGGGGGAUGCGGAUGUGAAGGGCAAGUUUGAGGGGUUGGGGGAUCGGGCGAGGGGGUUGGCGAGGCGGUGAUGUCUUGUUUGUUUGGGAUUCGAUUCUGUUGUUUUUCAUGAUUUUCAUGCCUGCUGCUGUGAUUACGUUGUGGUCAGGCAGGCAGCGAGCAGCAAGCAGCAAGCAGCAAGCGAGCGAGCGAGUUCGUUUUUUUCUUCUUUUUUUGUUCCUCUUCUUCUUCUUUUCUUACGACGACAUCUCACGACGUUACGAGAUUCUUCUUUUACUUACUUACUUACUUACUUACUUACCUACCUUUUACGGAUGGGUGGGUGGGGAUCAUUUGGGACUAAGGGAUAUGGAAAGGGCUGGCGGCCUUUUUGAUGGAUAUAGUACUGGUUUUUUUUUUUUUUUCUUUCACUGAGUUGAUGAUACCACAUUAUUGUAUGGAUUGUUUGUUUGUUUGUUUGUUUGUUUGGGAUGGAUAUAUAGGGCUCAGCUGGCUAGCUACCUACUAAGGAUACCAAAUGAUUUUGAUUGAUACCAUUACUACUACCACCACCACCACCAAUUGUUUGGUAUAAUUUUGAG